CCGACGUGUCACACGCGCACAUACACCCACGGAGCCGCGCACCUGCGCUGGGUGUGCCCCCCCCGGGCCGGGCGGUGCCUCCCGGCUGCGCUGCUCCGGGCCCAUGGCCGCCAGGGAACCGCUGCUGAGCGCCCUUAAAGGCGCGGUGCUGCGGAUGCGGGCGGACCGGGCUCCGUGCACCGACGCUUCCCCGCACCUGGCGGCCGUCUGCGCGCUGCUGGAGGGUGCCCUGCGGAAGGGGCUGCGACAGCCGCUGUGGGGCUUCGGGAGAAGGGAUUACUGGCACUGCCUGGAGCAGCUUCACCCCGGGGAGGGCGGGAGCAGGCCGAGCCCUGUCUCCAGCAGCCUCCACAGAGCCUCCACCUGCACGAAGGUGCUGACGGUACAGGGCCGUGGCCGCUGCUUCCUGCGCUCAGCCCUGCAGGGCAAGGUGCUGGCAGUGGCCGUGCAGCAGCUGGUGCAGAGCCCCCGGCUCCUGGAGUUCUACGACCCGUCGAGCUCCAUCCUGGGCAAUGAAGAGCUGCGGGAGCCUUUCCUCUCACUGGUGCUGGUGCUGAUGGAGGUGGAUUUCUCCCUGGACCUGCAGAACUGCAGCUUCUUGGAUGAGAGCUGGCUGCUGCCGGUGUGCGUCACGUAUGAGACAGUCCCGUGCCGAGCGCUGGGGAUGGUGGUGAGGUACGUGGACGGCCGUGUUGUUGUUAUUGAGGUGCUCCCUGGGAGCCAGGCAGAGGUGGAUGAGGUGGUGCUGGCUGGGGACGUCCUAGAUGAGAUCAAUGGGUGCUCCCUGAGGAACGCCUACAGCGGGCAGGCUGGGACGAUGCUGCAGAAGCUGAAGGGACAACCACUGAGCCUCCGCGUGCUGCGGUGGCAGGGGCACGAUGGCGAGGUCUACGAGCCCCUGCUGCCUUACUUGGAGGCUGUGAAGGAGAAGGAGCCCCGCUUCCAGCUUCAGCGUGGCCCCCGGCGCUGGGAUGAGGGGGAGAAGCAGAGGGUGCAGGGGGGCAGGCUGCUCUACAACCUGCAGUACCUGGGCCGGAUCGGCGUUGGGAUGUUCGGAGGCAAAGAGGUGCUGCAGAAAGCCAUCCCUGCUGUGCUGGAGAGCUGCUCGGCACCAUGGGAGGUUUUAUUUGAUGUGAAGGAAACAGAAAUCCUUGUGCAGGAGAAGGCUUCUCCCAAGGUCCUGUUCCGCCACCCCUAUCCUUCAGUCUCCUGCGUGGGACGCUGCCUCCAGACCAGCAACGUCUUUGCCUUCUGCAUCGUCGCUUCCCCAGGGAGCCCCGGGGGGAGCACGUUUGACUGCCUGGUGUUUGCAUCGAGCUCCGAGCAAGAAUGUGAGGAAAUCAUCAAGAGAAUUGCUGCAGGAUUUAAACACACCGAGUGGUUUGUCUGAUAAGGGAGGGCUGUGGCUCGGCUCUCCCCCUGCUCUGGUGACCCAGCUGUGCGAGGUGCAGGCUCUGGCUCCUCCGCCUGGAGUGAGGAAGCUGUUUUUAUACUUACCAGGACAUGGCUGUGAAAGGAAGUGUCACAAAUGCAUCUGGUCUUAAAACAAUUGCGUGUCUAGGCCAGUGCUGGCUUACUGCCUGCUUUUAUAGAUGAACUACUGCUUUUCUUCCUCCUAAAAUGCCCCUUUGGAUUUCUUCAUUGAAAUAAAUCAAGAUGGACUAGCUUAUGCUACUCCCUGUGUAACUUCUGACUCUGCUUUAGCCUUACUAGCAUAGCCUGUUCUUAAGAACUGGCCUAACAAUGUAAUUUGCAUAUUAAUUACCUGUUUCAGCUGUAGUCAGAGCAGCUUUCCCC